CUGCUGGUCGGCUACAGGUCCUGGCGUCACCCUGCCUGCUACAUCACCCGUGUGGACAAGGACAACUUCCCGGGGCUGGACGCUGUCACCGAGACCUUCCAGCGCCGGCAGGACGAGGACAAGGUUGGGGACAAGGCCGUGCCCCUGGCUGACCGCUCCAUCCUGGGCACCACCAUCAACAUCCUCUGCAGCGCCGUCCCCGUGUUCUGGGCAUAGCGGGAUGGGACAGCGACAUGGGGGUGGCACUGUCCCCCACUGUCCCCUUCCAGGCUGGAAUGUCUGCUCCUCGUCCCCACCCUGGGGACAGCCACCCCGCCCAUUGUCACUUGGCACCGCAUGCUCCAGCCAUAAAAAAAGUGGGAUUUGCUUCGGGGUUUGCUUCUGUCUACAAAGUAAAGGCUGUGUCACCGCC